AUGCCCGACGCGACCAUCUUUCCGCCCAAGGACAAGUACAGCUUCCUCGACGACUACUCGGAGGGAGCGCACCCCCAGGUGCUCGAGGCACUGAUCGCGAGCAACGCGACGCAGGAGACGGGAUAUGGCAACGACCGAUACAGCGGCGCGGCGCGACAGCACAUCCGUGACCACCUGGGGCGCGGGGACGUGGGCAUCUUCUUCGUGCCAAGCGGAACGUCGGCCAACGCCAUCUCGAUCGCGGCGUGCCUGCGACCGCACGAAGCCGUCAUCGCGGCCAGCUCGGGCCACAUCGUGACGCGCGAGACGGGAGCGGUCGAGGCGAGCGGGCACAAGAUCAUCAACGUGGCGCCGACCAACGGCAAGCUGACGCCAGCGAGCAUCGAGAAGGCGCUUGACGACAACUGGCACUACCCGCACAUGGCGAAGCCGCGGCUCGUGUACAUCUCCAACGCGACCGAGGUGGGCACGGUGUACUCCAAGGCGGAGCUGGGGGCCAUCAAGGCGCUGUGCGAGGAGCGCGGGCUGCUGCUCUUCAUGGACGGGGCGCGCAUCGGCGCGGCGCUGACGUCGCGGGUCAACGACAUGACGCUGGGCGACAUCGUGGACCUGACGGACAUCUUCUGGAUCGGCGGGACCAAGAACGGCGCGCUGCUGGGCGAGGCCGUCGUCGUCAAGCACGCGCAGCUGGCGCAGGACUUUGAGUUUUACGUCAAGCAGCACGGCUCGCUGCUGGCCAAGGGCCGCAUGAUGGGCGUGCAGUUCGCCGAGCUGUUCCGCGGCGACCUGUACUUUGAGCUGGCGCGCCGGGGCAACGCCGCGGCCGAGAAGCUGUCGCGGUCCGUCGUGGGCGCGGGCUACGCGCUGCGCGCCGACACGGAGACGAACCAGGUGUUCGCGGUGCUGCCGCUCGGGCUGGUCAAGGAGCUGCAGCGCGACUUUUCGUUUUACGUGUGGGAAAAGUGCGGCGCCGACUGGGCCGUCGUGCGGCUGCUGACGACGUGGGCGACGGACACGGCACAGCUGGAGAAGUUUAACCAGACGGUGCUGAGCUGGGCGCCGUGA